AAUAACAUAGAGAAACCUGCCAUGCGGUGAAAUAAGGAGACGCUCAGUGUCAGUAAGGUCAGUUGGCGCUCGCUGUAAGAAUUUGAACGGUUCGCGACUUCGUAUCGGCGAACCCUGGAAGACGUCACCGCGAGAAAAGAAUUAGGGUUUUGCAGAUACCCAGGGAACUCUCCUUCCUCCGUCAAUGGCGUCUGAUCCUCCCCGGACACGGAUCGAUCAGUUUUUUGCUUCAAAAAAGAGGAAAUCUAGAUCUCCUGGUUUGAAGAGUGGGAGAGUUGAGAAAGAUGGAAGAACCACAUCAGAAGGGUCUUCUAGUGCAAAAGGCACUUUGGACAAUUACUUAGUGAAUUCCCAAGACCCAAACCAUGGUGCCAAGCUUUCAUCCAUGGCUUGGGGAUUGUUGGCCAGGCAAGAUUCUGUCAAGAGAAAUCUGGCACUGGAGAUAAAUAAUAUCUCCAAAGAGGAAAAUAAGGGUCCUUUUUUGGUAGCUAAUAUGGAUUCUCAAACUUCUAAAGGAUUUGAAGCGGUUAAGAGGGAAACAUCUCAAGGUUCGUCAAAUGCAGGCAAUGUUGCAUUUGAAGGCCUUGCUAAAGGUUUCCCAGUUUCGAACCACAGUGCUGAAAACUUGGAAAUAAAACAGUUUGCAAAUGACUUUCUGUCUUUGUACUGUGAACUCCAGUCAACUGCAACAUCACCGUCUAAGCCGAAGUUGAAUGACAAUAAGAGAAAUGUUAGUCAACUGUUGAAUGAUGAAGGUAAAACAUUGAAUAAGAGGCAUUGCAUAAGCAUAGUGUCACAUUCAGGAGGUGAAACUGUGAAGUCUAUGGACAACAAGACAGAAAACAAACAGUCUGCUUUUACUGAAACAGCUGAAACGCCUUUUACCAAUGCAUCUUGGGGGAUCACUUUUGGCAAUGAUCCCUCUCAGCUUGCGGCAAGCUUGAGAAAAUGCACAAGAGCGUCUAAAUCAAUUCAUGAAAUGACUGAAUGCUGUACACCUGGUUCAUCAAUUGUACGAGCAAGUGUUAGUGAAACCCCCAUGUCAAUGCGUGGAAGCUCCAUGUUUUCACCAGGAGAAGCAUUCUGGAAUGAGGCAAUUCAAAUUGUUGAUGGUUUAUUUGCUGAUGCUGGUAAUCCUCUUGCCUUGGCUGCUGAAGAUGUUAUUAAUGGAAGUUGUUGUGACAAGGCAAGGCAAAUUUUGGAUGAAGCAAGCAGCAGAGGUCAGCAGAUGCAAAAUGGUGGUUUUCUUGAGUUAAAUAGGACACAUAUGAGCGAUUCAACUAAAGUGUCUCCCUUGCCUGUCAAACAUCUUGACUUUUUGUUUGAUGACAAGAACUUGGAUGCAACUUCCCCUUGCUGUGCUAGUGAUAAUUCAAAUGUGCACAAGGGUUUUGAGCAAUCUGAACGUGGUUCUGUAAAUGUCAAAAGCUCACGAACUGUUAAAAUAGCAACUUAUAAUGAGGCUGAAACAAAACAAGAGAUGCGUGGAGUAGAUGGGAUUGUGUCUGUUCAUGCAGUGACUAAAAGUGAAGCAUAUUUGUCAAAUCAAGACACUGGCAGCAUAACAUCAAAUUCACCAGUUCAAGAAGUCAGGGUUUCUAUUGCUAAUAAUGGUUAUGGUGAUGCGGGUACUCCUUCAAGUUUUGUGCUGCUCAAAGACCAAUUAGAUCUUGGCAGUUGGCUUCCUUCCGAAGUAUGCAGCAUAUACAAAAAGAGAGGAAUUUCAAAACUGUACGCUUGGCAGGUUGACUGUCUUCAGGUGGAAGGAGUUUUACAGAGAAGGAAUCUGGUGUACUGUGCAUCUACAAGUGCUGGUAAAAGUUUUGUUGCAGAAAUUUUGAUGCUGAGGCGGGUCAUACUUACCAGCAAAAUUGCACUUCUUGUGCUUCCUUACGUAUCAAUUUGUGCAGAAAAGGCCGAACAUUUGGAGGGCCUUUUGGAACCACUUGGCAAGCAUGUUCGGAGUUAUUACGGAAGCCAAGGUGGCGGAACACUUCCUAAAGAUACUUCUGUAGCUGUCUGCACAAUAGAGAAAGCAAACUCUUUAAUUAACAGAUUGCUGGAAGAGGGCCGUUUAUCAGAAAUUGGAAUCAUUGUGAUAGAUGAACUGCACAUGGUUGGUGAUCAGAGUAGGGGUUAUCUUUUGGAACUUAUGUUGACAAAGCUUCGGUAUGCUGCUGGUGAAGGCAAUUCAGAAUCUAGCAGUGGGGAAAGCUCAGGUACAAGCAGUAAGGGUGAUCCUGCUCACGGUAUGCAAAUUGUUGGGAUGAGCGCAACCAUGCCAAAUGUUGCAGCAGUUGCUGAUUGGCUUCAAGCAGCAUUAUACCAGACAGAUUUCCGACCUGUUCCACUAGAGGAAUUUAUUAAAGUUGGCAACACAAUUUAUGACAAGAAAAUGGAUAUCGUCAGAACAAUUCCAAAAGCAGCUGAUCUUGGUGGUAAAGAUCCAGAUCAUAUUGUGGAACUGUGCAAUGAGGUUGUUCAAGAGGGUCAUUCAGUGUUAAUAUUUUGCUCAAGUCGAAAAGGAUGUGAAUCAACUGCCAAGCACAUUUCCAAAUUCCUGAAGAAGUUUACCGUUAACAUUCAGAAUGAUAGUGAAUUUCUAGAUAUUUCUUCAGCAAUUGAUGCAUUAAGAAGAUGCCCUGUGGGGUUGGAUCCUACAUUAGAAGAGACUCUUCCUUCUGGUGUUGCUUAUCACCAUGCUGGCCUCACUGUUGAAGAAAGAGAAAUUAUAGAAAGUUGCUAUCGCAGGGGCCUUUUACGUGUCUUAACUGCUACAUCUACUUUAGCUGCUGGGGUUAACCUUCCUGCUAGGAGGGUCAUUUUUCGACAACCUAGGAUAGGUCGUGAUUUUAUUGAUGGGACAAGGUACAGACAGAUGGCUGGCCGGGCUGGUCGGACUGGGAUUGACACUAAAGGGGAAAGUAUACUUAUUUGCAAACCAGAAGAACUCAAAAGAAUUAUGGGACUGCUUAAUGAAAGCUGUCCACCUUUGCAGUCUUGUCUCUCUGAAGAUAAAAAUGGAAUGACUCAUGCAAUUUUAGAAGUUGUGGCUGGUGGAAUUGUUCAAACUGCUAAUGAUAUUCAUCGAUAUGUUAGAUGUACUCUUUUGAAUUCUACAAAACCAUUCAGAGAUGUUGUGAAAUCAGCACAGGAUUCUCUUCGGUGGUUGUGCCACAGAAAAUUUCUCGAAUGGUGUGAAGAUACGAAGUUAUAUAGCACCACAUCACUUGGACGUGCAGCUUUUGGUAGUUCUUUUUGUCCCGAAGAAUCACUGAUUGUGCUAGAUGACCUUUCUAGAGCAAGAGAAGGAUUUGUGCUUGCAUCUGAUUUGCAUCUAGUGUACUUAGUCACACCAAUCAAUGUUGAAGUUGAACCAGAUUGGGAAUUGUAUUAUGAAAGGUUCAUGGAGUUGUCUUCUCUUGAUAAGUCUGUUGGAAAUCGAGUUGGAGUUUUGGAACCAUUUUUGAUGCGAAUGGCACAUGGAGCACCUAUGCGCACACUGAACAAGUCAACCAAGAAUAUGAAAGAGUUGCAUGGAAAGUUAGAAACUCGUCAUAGGAAUUCAAACAACAAUAUGAUUUCAGAGGAGCAAUCACUUCGAGUGUGCAAACGAUUUUAUGUUGCUCUUAUCCUAUCAAGACUAGUGCAGGAAACACCUGUGGCUGAGGUUUGUGAAGCUUUUAAGGUUUCUAGAGGCAUGGUUCAAGCUUUACAAGAAAAUUCUGGAAGGUUUGCAUCUAUGGUUUCUUUGUUUUGUGAAAGACUUGGAUGGCAUGACUUGGAAGGCUUGGUUGCCAAGUUCCAAAAUCGUGUUUCAUUCGGGGUGAGAGCAGAGAUUGUGGAGCUUACCACUAUUCCAUAUGUUAAGGGUUCUCGAGCAAGAUCAUUGUAUAAAGCAGGCUUGCGUACGCCUCUCGCUAUUGCUGAAGCAUCUGUUUCUGAAAUAGUUAAAGCUCUUUUUGAAUCCACAUCAUGGGCUGCUCAAGAGGGUUCAGCACAGAGGCGCAUGCAAUUGGGUGUUGCAAAGAAAAUUAAGAAUGGCGCUCGGAAAAUUGUCCUUGAUAAAGCUGAAGAGGCAAGGGCUGCUGCUUUCUCAGCUUUUAAAUCUCUUGGGCUGAAUGUCCCACAGUUUUCUCAACCGUCAUUAACGAAAGCUUGUAUAAAUGUUGUUGAACAAGUUGAUGCAAGUAAAUUAUCUGGAGAAGACACCACUAAUGUAAUUCUUUGUUUAGAACAAAGAGACCAUGCUUCAUCUGACCUGUGCAUAGAAGGUAGCAAGAAUUCUGCUAAAGUUACUUUGGGAAGUGGAGAAAAGUUAAUGAAAACAAUAGAUGUUGGCUUAGUGGCUCCAGCAGAAGUGAACUCAGCUGGUCUGGUGGAACAGAAUUGUGGUGCUGCAAAUUCUACAUUACCUGUUGAAAAGUCUUUGACCCUUGGUACUGAGCUGCAUACAACUAGUAAUCAAAACUCAAAUGCUAUUAUGGUCCUAUCUGUAAAGCCAGGGCAAGAUGGUGAUGGUGAUGGUGCCGGGAUAAAUGACAGGAGUAUUCAUUAUGAGGUACAGGAUCAGUGUAGUAGAGAGAAUUUAUGUGGUGACAACAUGGAUAGUACUUGUGAGAAGAGCCCAAUUAAUGCAAGUAAUACUCCGGGUGGAUUUGAUUCUUUCUUGGCCCUCUGGGACAAUGCCCAAGAAUUCUAUUUUGACCUCCAUUACAAUAAAAGAUCAGAAGUAAAUUCCAUCACACCCUUUGAAAUACAUGGUAUGGCCAUCUGUUGGGAAAACUCUCCUGUGUACUAUGUCAAUCUUCCUAAAGAUCUAGUAUGGUCUGAGAAUCAUAAGAAUGUUCUACCCCAUGAGAAUUGGUUAGAGAUGGUUAGGCAUAGGUGGAAUCGUAUUGGUGAAAUAAUGGGGAAGAAGGAGGUCAAAAAAUUCACUUGGAAUCUGAAAAUUCAGAUUCAGGUGCUCAAGAAAGCUGCAGUUUCCAUUCAGAGAUUUGGCAGCCCAAAUCUUUCAGGGAAAAGUUUGGAUAUUGAACUCUUAGACAAUUCACACUUCUUGUUGUCCCCAGUUAAUAUUAAAGAAGGAAUUGACAUGUGCGUUGUGGCAUGGAUUCUUUGGCCUGAUGAGGAGAGAAGCUCUAAUCCAAACUUGGAGAAGGAAGUCAAGAAAAGGUUACCUAGUGAGGCUGUUGCAGCUGCUAAUCGGAAGGGAAGGUGGAAGAAUCAGAUGCGUAGAGCUGCUCAUAAUGGUUGCUGUCGUCGGGUUGCUCAAACACGAGCUUUAUGUUCUGUUCUUUGGAAGUUACUUAUUUCUGAGGGACUUUUUGAACCUCUUAACGACAUUGAGAUUCCAUUGGUUAACGUUCUUGCGGAAAUGGAGCUUUGGGGGAUUGGUGUUGACAUGGAAGGAUGCCUUCAAGCUCGUAAAGUUCUAGGGAAAAAGUUAAGGCAUCUUGAGCAGAAGGCCUAUGAACUGGCUGGCAUGACAUUCUCAUUGUAUACAGCAGCAGAUGUUGCAAAUGUGCUGUAUGAACACUUGAAGCUGCCCAUACCAGAAGGGGGUAAAGGGAAACAACAUCCAAGCACGGACAAACAUUGUUUGGAUUUGUUAAGAAAUGAGCAUCCUAUUAUUCCAGUCAUUAGAGAGCACCGGACAUUGGCAAAGCUUUUAAACUGUACACUGGGUUCAAUUUGUUCACUGGCUAGGAUAUCCAUGAGGACACAAAAGCACACACUGCAUGGCCAUUGGCUCCAGACGUCUACAUCAACCGGACGACUUUCAAUGGAAGAACCUAAUCUUCAGUGUGUUGAGCAUAUGGUUGAAUUCAGAAUGAGUAUGGAUGAAAAUGGACGUGUUGAUGAUGGCAAUCAUUAUAAAAUAAAUGCUCGUGACUUCUUUGUUCCUACUCAGGAAAAUUGGUUGCUGUUAACAGCAGAUUAUUCUCAGAUAGAAUUGCGCCUGAUGGCACACUUCUCUAAAGAUGCCUCAUUAAUUGAACUCCUCAGUAAUCCGUGUGGUGAUGUUUUCACCAUGAUGGCGGCGAGAUGGACUGGGAAGCCAGAAGAUUCUGUCGCAUCAGAUGAGAGAGAUCAGACCAAAAGGUUGGUAUACGGCAUUCUUUAUGGAAUGGGUGCCAACACUCUUGCAGAGCAACUGAAUUGCAGUUCAGAAGAAGCUGCAGAAAAAAUUAAAAGCUUCAAAGGUUCUUUUCCUGGUGUUGCUUCGUGGCUCCAUGAAGCAGUUGACUCCUGCCGUAAAAAUGGUUAUGUGGAGACCCUCAAGGGAAGAAAGCGGUUCCUGUCAAAAAUAAAAUUUGGAAACAGUAAAGAAAAAUCAAAGGCUCAGAGACAAGCAGUUAAUUCUAUCUGUCAGGGAUCUGCUGCUGAUAUAAUUAAGAUUGCAAUGAUAAAUAUAUACUCUGUAAUUGUCAGAGUUGAUGGCCCAGAUUCUAGCUCUUCACUUGCAACUAAGUUUCACAUGCUGAAGGGGCAGUGCCGAAUUCUUUUGCAGGUACAUGAUGAAUUAGUCUUGGAAAUUGACCACCGAGUGAUCAAGGAGGCUGCAUCAUUGUUACAAAUUAGUAUGGAAAAUGCUGCGUCUCUUCUUGUUCCUUUGCAAGUCAAACUGAAAGUUGGAAGAACAUGGGGUUCUUUGGAGCCUUACGAGGUUGAUCAAUGUAAAAAUGAAGUUCUUGUGCUUGAUUCUUAAGGACGGGAGAUAGCUCUUGAUUGAUAUUAGGUGGUGAAGAUUGAUGGCAAUUUGAACCAGGAUGCCAGCUUAUAUGCUCAGGUUAGGCAAUGCAUUUGUCAAGGAAGGGGGCUUCUAGUUGGGAACCCAAACAGCGUGGUCCUGAGGAAGGAAAUGGCAAGCAGGAACUGUUCCUGGCUUAACUUUGAGCACCUGGAAAGCCAAAUGCUUUGGGUUCCAAGCUGAUGUAUCUGUAUGGCAGACUGCUACUGCUUGAGCCUUUUUUUUCUAUCAGGAACCUCUAAGGAAACCAUGUAAGCUCUCGUGGUUUGUGUUGAAUGGCAAUAAAAGACAGCACAUGCAUAGUUCUGCCCAUCUUCCUUGCUCCAGGUGUAAUUGUAUAUUUCUGCGACUGAGUUUGAUUUUCCACCUCCUUGGAGAUUGCCUGGACAUUCUUUCCAAGUACGGAAGUGCUGAAGUCAAUCAUUUCUAGCAAAGUUGCACAAUGUUUCUCCUGUCCUUUAAUUCCAGAUGAAAAGGGUAUUGAAUUGGCAAUUUGAAGUGGUAAGAAAGUUGCUGUGUUUGGGUUUUCUGCAAAGUGCAAAGUUCAUGUUUUUGCUAGGAUACAUGUCCUUUUCCAAGAAAAAAAGAGCUACAUUUGGAUCAUCAUGGAGUUGGUUACUACAACAUAUACAGGCUUUCCCUUGUGUCCAGUGUAAACAGUUACUCUGCCUUUGCCAACGCCUACAUUGGUUCUCUUGCCUGGUUUUCCAGUGUAAACACCAACGUCUUUACCUUCCACAUUAACGGUCGUAGCCGGUUUUCCUUUUCCAGUGUUUACAUGAUGCCGCUCUUCCCGAUGUUUACAGAAGUGCCACUGGGUUUUCCUUUUCCUGCAUUGACAUUUACUCCGCCCUUCCUUACAUUAACAGUAGUUACUUCUGCUAGAAUUUCCCUUUCCUGAAUCAACAUUUGCACCUCCCUUCCCUACACUGACAGAAGUGCUUUGAAAUGGCCUUGACGCAAAGCCAUUAUUGAUUAGGGUGUUUUUUCUAUUUACCCUAACACUAGCAGUAGCACAUCAAUUAAUAUCUGCUGGUGGAUGAGGUUUGCCUUGAAAAGGGACAUAUAUUGUUUUAGGAUGGAGGAGGUAGAGAAUGAAAGGUUGCAGCGGAGACGUUUUGAGCAUACCUGGAAGGAGAUGAAGACCAAAAACGAUGUCGUUUUUUUGUAUUUUUUUUUUAAAUGAUUAAUUGAACAUAAAGGAAAUGUGGGACUCAAAUAAAAUAAUAAAAAAUAGAUGUAAUUAUAAAAUGAGGCAAAAUUUUAUUUUCUUAAUAUAUAUGCCCUUUUUCCCAUUUUA